AGCAAUUCCUAUAAAAAGUGUACAUUUAUACUUCUGAGCUACUCGUUCGGUGACCAGAGGAGCAAAUUAUAUAUUUCCCGUCUAGAUGCGAUCGUCUCUGGGACUUCUGGCUUCUGUAUCCCGCAGCCAGCCCUCGAAACUCAGGAAGCCAACCAUUAGCCUUGAUCAUUUCAUCCAAAGGCAGCGAGUUAUCUCUCUAUGGCGUGAGAUUGUGCGAGCGCUCAAUAAAAUACCCAGCUCGUCCACCAAGGAUGAACUGCACAGAUAUGCUCGUGGGGAGUUUGAGCGCAAUAGAAACAUUACAGACUUGCAACACAUACGAUAUCUUAUCUCGACCGGAAAGUCCGAAUUCGAUAUGAUGAGGCGGUAUAUUGACGAGCAAGUUGCAGGCUAAGGAGGGAGAUCUCGCCAGGACCAAGCACUAAUUAAGAUACAGACUGGGGUCCAAAACAUGAGCUCGAGGGUUAAGAGAUGGAGAGUGAUAUUUUU